ACAGCUAUCGAUUGCCGUAGAAAAAGAAAACAAACGCACACGAAAAGAUUCUCGUGUUUUGAAACAGCCCAGAACGCAGCACCUCUGCAGACGUUCUAUGCGAAAAAAGCAACCUUCCGGCUACCCCGGCGAUCCCGUUGACCUUUGGGUGGUGAAAUCACCCCGAAAGCAGCAGAGCAGCAACAUUCGGACAGCGUAAUGUGGUCAAGCAUAAAAGAUUUCAUUUACCGGCAUCGGAGAAAAUUCAUCACCACGGGCGUUGUGAUCGGUGGCAGCGUGUUUCUGCUGAAAUGGUUACAGUACAAGCUGCGCGAGCUGCAAGAGCGCCAGGCGAAGGAGAUUGGCGAAAAGCUGAAGCGCAUGCAGCACUACGAGUGUACGGAUCGCACCUGCAAUCAGACCAUUUUGGGCCUGUCGCCAGCCUUGUCCGAGAAAGUGUUUCAAAGCCUCAGCACGGACGACAUCCUCGCGAAGCUGCGCACCAACCCGGACAACAAGCUGGAGCUAUGGGAAGAGCUGCGCAUCGUGGCCUUCACGCGGCUCAUCACGCUCGUGUACGGCGCCUCGAUGCUGGCCGUUACGCUGCGGGUGCAGAUCAACAUCCUCGGCGGCUAUCUGUACAAGGCGACGGUCGAGGAUAGUCAGCAGCAGGCGAUAUCGCUCGAGGUGCAGACGGCUUAUCUAUCGCUGAUACAGCACUUUAUGCGUGACGGUAUCGAUCGGCUGAUCGAAAUCGUUCGCAAGAAUGUGACCACCGUGAUGCAGCGGUACAGCCUGAAGCAGCAGCUUACGCUGGCCGACACCGAAACACUCCUCUGGUCGAUCGAGAUGGCGCUGAACAAUGAGAAGGGCAAUCCGAUCGACGGUAUCGCUACGUACACGCUGCCCAAUCCGGGCGCCUCGCUGACCGGUGUCGACGGUGCGUUCAGCACCAUGUUCCAGGAAACGCUUGACGUGCUGGAAAGUGUGGAAUCGACCGAGGUAAGUCUUGCGAACGUCAGCAUCGGGCUGGCCAAAGUGAUGGACAAGCUGGCGGACUAUUACAUGAGCUCGUCGAGUGGGGCGAGCAAACAAAACUCCAAAUCGAACCUGAACGUGGAAAGCAUCGCCAACAUAAACGGAAUUACGAUUUCGCUUGCAAAGUUGAUCCCGAUCGUGAACGGACUGGCGAGUAAGGUGGCACCAGUGCCCGCGGGCGCUAACGGUACGGUCAGCAACGGGCUAGUGCCCGCACUGCCCGAGGAGACGGACCUGAUGUCGUCGAUGAUUGUGCAUUUCCUACACUCGGAAAAGCUACGGACGCUCGGCGCCAACGUGUACGAAACAUUCUGCCACUAGGAGGCGUAGGCGCAGAUAUAACACAUUCUGUAUUCGGUUUUAAUAGAGUAGCGUAGAGUGCCGUAGCAUCGUAGCGCGCAGCAAGACGGGCGAGGCUUACCCGUAACCGGGUUCGUUCAGGUACAAUUAGUUAUGUGGCAGCCUUCAAGAGUCUACGGGAGGUUGCCUGCAAUUGCUGAAACGCGGCCGGUGCACUGUAUGACAUCUGUCGGAAGCAAGAGAGCAACACAUUCGCUAGCAUAGGUUUUAACAUGGUUACAAUGCCAAGAGCUGUGGGAAUGGCCGGGCGCGGCUUUGUUUAAUUAAUGUGAUGGAUUCGUUUUCUUUUUCUUUUUUUUUAGCUGAAAAGAAACGGUGUAGUUUGAGUCGUGUUUGAUUAGGAAUUAGCUGAUUCGAUAACGGGGAUUUCUUAUCUUGCUAUCGACUGUGGCAGCGUUUGUAAAAGCGGGAAGGCUAAGGGAUUAAUGGGAUGGUCGCAAAAAUGGUACACUGUCGUGAACAUAAAGAUAGAACAAAAUAAACCUAAAAUUAUCAUA